AUGGAUGAUAUAGACAAACGAUGCAACGCAUUGUCAUCGGAGCAGCAAAAAGUUGAGAGAGAACAGCAAUUCAAAAUAUCGGAUCAGUCUUGGACAAGUAGCUUACCACUAUACAACUCUCACUUACCGUCCUCCAUGCCUAAAGCUAUAUAUGGAUUAAAGAGUUCCCCAAAAUCUACAGUAUCAGCACCAACGUCGCGAAUAAUAAGCUCUAAUGCACAGCCAUUUCAGAAUUCAUUACAAGCUCCCAUAUCUCAAAGCCAGUCAAUUUCAAAGCUUGGUACUAACAGAAAGAUAUCAGACCACUGUUUGCAGUAUCAGCAGCAUGGACAGUAUACUCGGUUGCAGCAGCAACACAUGGUAUCUCUCUCGGAGCAUGCUCAGAUGGGGGUGCCAGUGAAUUGUCAGAAUCAAAUAGACUCGAACCUCGUACUCGAGUCGAAAGAUUUAUAUGAAAACAUCCCAUUUGCCAUUGCUCCAGCUGCUACUCAUUUCUCUCAUGGAGAUAACACCAUAAACUAUGGUUCUGCACAUCGAAACCCUGCAUACAAGACUGGUCAUGGAUGUUACCUUGAGCAUGAUGUAUUAGAAUCAUCUGCCUGUGAAAAAUUAAACUCGGCAUCUACCGCUGUAUGGCUAAAUGAAGCCCGACCGUCUUUUUCGUCAGAGUCUAUUCAAAAACUAAACCAUGACUAUAGCGUUGCAUACGAUAACCCUGCUGAAAAUUCUCGUAAACAGAGCUGGCAAAAUGAAGCGAUAAAAAUGAAUACUGACUCGACUAGUCUGACAAUCGUUAGUGUAGCAGAUGCUUUAGAGUACAAGUAUUCACAUGUAGAUCCUCAACCAGAUGCAGUUCAGUCAAGCUGGGUACCUAUUUGCUCGACUAGGCCCAAUGAAAUCAGGUUUCUAAGCGAAUCGCCAGAUAUUCAAAAUACUGUCAUCCCAAAGACAUUGUGUCGUCGAGCCAAAUUAAUUCAAUAUGCAAGCACUUUUAUAGAUAAACUUUUUGGAUGCGGCAUGACACUUCCUCAAAACUCAAACGUGGAGCUAGAUCAGUUCAUUAAAGUAAUAAUAAGCCGCACCCGUCUCAGUAGUAGCACUCUUGUGACUGCCUUUUUGUAUCUUGAGCGCCUUAAAACCUGCCAUCCAAAAUGCAAAGGAUCACCUGGCUCUGCUCAUCGACUGAUACUUUCUGCAAUUAUGCUAGCUGCAAAAUUUCUAUACGAUGACACUUUUGACAAUACUGCAUGGGCAACAGUUUCUUCGGGUAUCUUUUCUCUGGAGCAAGUCAAUCACAUGGAAAUGGAAAUGCUCUACUUUCUUGACUAUAAUAUGUAUGUGUCUUUGGAAAUGUGGAAUGCGUUUUAUACCAGAUUGGAAACAGGAAUGGAGCAAUCAAAGCAUGCUUCAUGUGUAGCUCUUCCUUCAACCUUACCUACUGUGCAGUCAUUACUACCCUCUCCAGUUUCACGUUUACUUCCAGGAACGCAUGUUUCUGAAUACAGGGAUAUAUCUCCCGCAGGCAUUUCCGCGCCAUCUUCCAAUGUUUGUGAAGGUACUGAUAAUGUAGCUGCCGAUCAGAGUUCAUUGCAAAAGCCUUCUACAGGAUCUUUCCAUGAUGCUUGCAAAUUCCGUGACCCUGCCAGAGCAUCUACUACAUAUAUUCCGUCAUCAUCUGCCAAAUACAUUCCUCCAGUAAGAUAUGCUAUAAAUAAGCCCACAUCGCUGCCGGUUACCGAGUUUGCACAAAAACGCGUUCCAUUGUAUAAACAGCAAAACAAGACAUUGGAAAUACACUUUCCUACAUCAAGCAGUAGAGCAAGUGAGCCAGUAAAAUGCCCACAAGAACUAAGUUGGAACAGACAAACCAGUAAUAGCCAUGUAAACAAAUUGCAACCAGUAAAUAUCGAAAGUAUUAAAGUUGAGCCAAGUAUUCAACCACAACAGUCGCACAACAAUUACUAUAGCGCUCAAGAUAAAACUGCCAUCCAGCAUAGAUUAGCACACCCAGUCAAUGCAGCUGCACAAACAAUUAAAUCUCGGCAAAUCUCCUCAAGAUCAGUGACACAUUCAGUCACUAAUAGUUACCCAGCUUAUAACCAGUUCAACCCAGCCUCUAGAUGUAUACCCAACGUUCAACCACUGCUACCUGAAAAUCAACAUUAUGAUUGUUCAUACCAGUUUUCUAAUACUCAGUUUGGAAAUGAGACUGCACCAUUCACAUCUUUUGACUCCCAAGUCUCUAAUUCCUAUCAACCUAAACAGUAUCAGUCACGACUUUCUCAACCAUACGUCUACACACAUAAUGGUCCCUCUCAGGACUCUUUGCAUCAGCCGACAAAUACAAAUACGCUUUACCAAAAUAUUCAGGGUGAAAAAAGUACCUCUUUUUUAAAAACAGCCGACUGGAUACAGCAAAGUUUCUCCUAA